AUGCCUCACCUUCCCUCCGUCGAGUCCAGCCAGGAGGGAGGGGAGCCAGAGCUUACCUUCCCUUCCGUCACCAGAGACCACAUCCAGAACUGCUCCUACGAUUCGUGGUUCCCCCAAUAUCGAACUUCUUGUCUUAAGUCGCGCAUCAUCCCGUUGCCGCACUCGGUCGUUUCAUAUCUCCAAGAAGACGGCAUUAUCUUGGCCGACGAAGACGAUGACAGAAAGGACGGCGUGGUCGAGCCGGAGGAGGAAGUAUGGCAAGCUUCGGGCGCAACUGUGACGGGUGGCCAGGUGCCCGACGGAUCAGAUGACGAAGAGGACGGAGAUGACGGAGAGGACGCAGGGAACAAAGUCUCCCGCUUGCCUCCGAACCAGAGGUUCCCGGAGACGCACAAGCUCAUCAAGGAGACAAUCGCCGAGCUUGGUGGCGCCGUCGCCCCCAAACUCAACUGGUCAUCGCCCAAGGAUGCCAAAUGGAUAUCACCACACCAGAACACGCUGAAGUGCACGACGCCCAACGAUAUCUACCUGAUUCUCAAGUCGUCGUCCUUUAUCUCGCACGACCUCGUCCACGCCUUUGACGACUGCACACCCGAACCACCCCUGCGGCCGUUUGCACCUGUACUGGUUCUCCGACCCUUCUUUGUUCCUCACGUGGCGCUGGAGUUUCGAUGUUUCGUCAAGCACCGCGCCCUCGUCGGCAUCACCCAGAGAGACCUAAACUACUAUCAGUUCUUGCACGGUCUGCGGGCCGCCAUUUGCACAAAGAUCUGCCGCUUCUUUGGAGAGAAACUGCGGCUGACGUUUCCCGAUGCUUGCUUCACCUUUGACGUAUACAUUCCCGAGAACUCCCUGGUCGAUGACGGUCUGGGAAAGGUGCGGCUGAUGGACAUCAACCCGUGGGCGCCCAAGACGGACACGCUGCUUUUUUCAUGGCAGGAGCUGCUGGAAACAGAAGUCGACGCUCCGCUCUUCGGCUCCGCCGCCUCCCAAGAUCCGGACGAGCCAGCCUCCGCCGAUGAGGUCGACACCGAAGACGGCGGGUUCGAGCAUGGACCGGAACUACGGCUUGUCGAGCACGACGAUCCGGCCGCCUUCAACUUCAGCACGCCCCAGUACUCGGCCCACAAGCUGCCCAAGGAGGUCGUCGACGCGAGCAUGGCUGGCGACGGAGGCUUGCGCGCUUUUGCCCAGCAGUGGAAGGACGUGACGGAGGGUAGAGGGCGCGAUUGGACCGCAUGA